CCCAAAUGCUGACGCAAGCCCGGAGCGGCGCGGGUCGCGCGGGAGAAAAAGAGAAGGGACGUUCGGGACUAUGGUAGAACCAAGACCGAACAAGUCACGUUUGCGGUUCUUUCUAAUCCAAUGAAAAUUCAAGUACGGAAUUCGUACCCAGAUUUAGGUAGUUUUUUUUUUUCGUACCUGGUCCCCACGUAAAGGAGGGAUGAAGGGGAUGCCGGAGCGGACCCGAUCUGGAGCCCUUAAACACGACGAAUGAUGCGUAGGUACCUCCUAUCUUAUAACUAAGCCCUACUUAUCCUCCUAAAUUCAAGUUAAUAAAUUUUAUUAUUUCUUUUGAAGUUUGUCGCGUUGUGUCCAUUUCGAAAGUAUACCUAACCUAAUUUCUGGAACUCUACAUCAGCAUGGAGCCAAAGAGAAUGUCUCGAACUGAAGCGGGCGGAGCCAAGCCGUCGACCGUUUAUCAGAUAAUACAAGCGAUCAUGACCCCGGUCCACUUCAUCUCCUUCCUCCUAUCGCUGUACCUCGUCGACUGCCGCUACCACGCCAAGCGCAUCCAGGAGCACUCCGCGCGCUACAGCCGCCUGCCCACUUGGCUGCUGCCCUCGUGGCUCGACCGGCUGCUGUUCAGCCCGCACCCGUACGGAUGGGUCGACAGGAAGAAGCAGGACGGCGCCGCCGCCGCGGGUAGUGGCGCCCCCGGCGGAGAGCGGUGGUACUAUCACACCAAGCAGAAGAAGCUCAUGAAGAUGGAGACCGCGGACGCUUUCGAGAUGCAGCGCUCGGUCCUGCUCGGGCUGGGCGUCGUGGCGCUUUUCGCGGUCUGGGUGUUUUGGCGGCUUGGUGCGGGGAUAGUAGCUUGGUUUACGAGUUGAUUUUUUUUUUCUUUUUCUUUUUUUCGAUAUGCGACAUGCGUAUGGAUCUUGACGAAAGUACUAUUUAUUAUGUAUAGGUACCUAAGGUAUGAAGAGACGGUGGAGGGGGCUUUCAACUUGGUGAUUGAUUAUGGACAGCGAAUGCGAUGCAUCGAGCGGGGAGCUAGGUAUGUGCUUUGCUUUAUUGGCGAUGGUUUGGGGGAUAUGAUGUACCUAAUUAUACCUGGUAUAUCUCUACGAUUUAUGAACAUUUCGAGAAUAUAGGUAUAAAUGUUUCGGGAAAUAUCCGAGCAAUCCCACGGAUCUGGAUUUUUGACGUCACCUUUGUUCGGGAGCUUAGAACAUUGAAACUUAGCUCUAGCCGUUGAAGCCUUAGUGGCGCUGGUGGCUAAACCACUAGGCCUACAAAAACCACACAUUCACCUAUCAUGUGUUAGUCGUAAGGGGUCCCC